CAUGUGAGAGGGGCAGUUUGAAAGAGAUUUUCUAUUCUUUUUUAAGGAAAAAACAAGGAAACAAGAACAUUACUUGAACUGGUGGAUAUACUUUGUAAAUUUGAGAUAACAUGGAGCUGAAUGAGUCGACGCUGCAGUCUCUGGCUGGCUAUUUACAGCAGACCCUGUCACCAGAUCAAACAGUGCGGAGACAAGCGGAGAAAUUCCUGGAAUCUGUGGAGAUUCAGCAGCACUACCCACUGUUACUGCUACACUUGUUGGACAAAGACAAUGUUGAGUCUCAUAUUAGGGUCAGCUCAGCUGUGACCUUCAAAAAUUAUACUCGCAGAAACUGGCGUGUGGAUGAUGGCACAGAUAAAAUACAUGCUCAAGAUAGAACAACUAUUAAGCAACAGAUUGUUGGUCUGAUGCUGAAAAGUCCAGAACAAAUACAGAAACAGUUAAGUGAUGCGAUUAGCAUUAUUGGUCGAGAGGACUUCCCAGCUAAAUGGCCGGACCUAAUUACUGAAAUGGUGACCAAGUUUCAAACGGGCGACUUCCAUGUCAUCAAUGGAAUUCUGCGAACUGCACAUUCUCUCUUUAAAAGGUAUCGUCAUGAGUUCAAAUCACAACAACUCUGGACAGAAAUCAAGUUUGUGUUGGAAAAUUUUGCUCAGCCUUUCACCGAACUUUUCAAUGCCACAAUGGAAUUGGCGAAGACUCACGCCAACGACCCUAAUGCUCUCAAAGUCAUCUUCAGCUCCAUAGUGUUAAUUUGUAAAAUAUUCUACAGUCUCAACUUCCAGGACUUACCAGAACACUUCGAGGACAAUAUGGCUAUUUGGAUGACCCACUUCUUGACCUUGUUGAGUGCAGACAACAAACUUCUACAAACAGAGGAUGAGGAAGAGGCAGGUCUUCUAGAACAGGUUAAAUCACAGAUAUGUGAUAAUGUUGCCCUCUAUGCCCAGAAGUAUGAUGAAGAAUUCUCACAACAGCUGCCACAGUUUGUCACAGCCAUCUGGAAUCUCCUAGUCACUACAGGGCAACAAGUCAAAUAUGAUCUGUUAGUCAGCAAUGCCAUCCAGUUUUUAGCCUCUGUUGCCGAGCGACCGUCAUACAAAAGUCUGUUUGAGGAUCCAUCGACCUUGUCAAGCAUCUGUGAGAAAGUGAUUGUUCCUAACAUGCAAUUUAGGGAUGCUGACGAGGAAUUGUUUGAAGAUAACCCUGAUGAAUAUAUAAGGAGAGACAUCGAAGGUUCUGAUGUGGACACGAGGCGACGGUCGGCUUGUGAUUUAGUUCAGGCACUCAGUAAAUCCUUCGAGGGAAUAGUAAUUCAGAACUUCUCUCAGUACAUACAAGCCCUUCUCACGGAGUAUUCUAAAAACCCCACAGGCAACUGGAAAUCUAAAGACGUAGCAUUAUAUCUGGUUACCUCUCUGGCAGCCAAAGCCCAGACACAGAAGCAUGGUAUAACCCAGACAAGCAGUUUAGUGAACAUCACCGACUUUUUCCAGUCCCACAUAGCACCAGAUCUACAAUCCAGUGAUAUAAAUGUCAGUCCCAUUCUCAAAGCAGAUGCUAUAAAGUACUUAAUGGUGUUUAGAAAUCAGUUACCUCGGGAAUCCUUAAUAGCCAGUCUGCCCCACCUGGUGCGAUACCUUAAGGCUACCAGCUUGGUGGUACACACAUACGCCGCUCAUACCAUAGAGAGGAUCUUCAUGGUCCGGAUACAGGACACUGGAAAGCCUGCGGUGACGUAUCCUGAUAUCCAGGGAUUUGCUGGUGAUAUGGUAAAUAACUUAUUGGAAGCGUUGAACCAUCCAGGAUCUACAGAAAAUGAAUAUGUAAUGAAAGCUAUCAUGAGGACGAUGUCAAUGAUGCAGGAGAAUGUUCUACCAUUUAUGUCUCAGCUGAUGAAAGUGCUCACAGAAAAACUCAUACAAGUCAGCAAGAAUCCCAGCAAGCCUCAUUUUAACCAUUACCUGUUUGAGUCACUGUGCAUAAGUAUUCGGUCCGUGUGUAAACACAGUGCUGAGGCAAUUUACCAGUUCGAGCAGGCUCUCUUCACUCCUUUCACAAACAUUCUGCAGCUUGAUGUCCAAGAGUUUGUACCCUACGUGUUUCAAAUGCUAUCGUUAUUGAUGGACUAUCACCAGGGAGAGAUCCCUAAUACCUACAUGGCUCUCUUCCCAUUUCUACUGGUGCCUGCCCUGUGGGAACGCCCGGGAAACAUUCCUCCAUUAGUGCGACUUUUACAGGCGUACAUAGAGAAAGGCAACACACAGAUCGAGGCUGAAAAAUUGAAUGGUCUAUUGGGAAUUUUCCAGAAACUUAUUGCCUCCAAAGCCAACGAUCAUGAAGGAUUUUAUUUACUAAAUAGUAUUAUAGAACACAUGCCACAUGAAAUCAUCACACAGUACACCAAACAGAUAUUCGUUUUGAUAUUCCAAAGACUUUCAAGUUCAAAAACAACAAAGUACAUCAAAAGUUUGUUGGUUUUCUUCGGGCUGUUUGCUGUAAAGUAUGGAGCAGGGAAUCUCGUGGACACUAUAGACAGUAUUCAACCAAAGAUGUUUGGAAUGGUAGUAGAGCGGUUAUACCUACAAGAUCUGCAGAAAGUAUCUGGACAUACUGAGAGGAAGAUUUGUGCUGUAGGAGUGGCUAAUAUACUCACAGAGUCCCCAGCAAUGAUACAGAGUUAUGAUACCUUGUGGGGUCGUCUACUACAGGCCCUGAUCAGCCUGUUUGAGUUACCUGAGGACGAGUCUGUCCCAGAUGAUGAACAUUUUAUUGAGAUUGAAGAUACGCCUGGUUACCAGACAGUCUACUCACAGCUGGCAUUUGCUGGUAAGAAGGAGAGAGACCCACUGGCAGCCAUUCCAGAUGCUAAAUUACACCUGGCCAAACAACUUGGCAAACUCUCUACUGCUCAUCCUGGCAAAGUUCCUCCGUUGAUCAGCUCUGCCCUGGAGCAGCCAGCCCAGGCCUUCUUACAACAGUACCUUACUGCGGCAGGUGUCCAGCUUGGAUGACAUAAAACCCAAUAGAUGUCGCCUCAAACAACAAUCUCAUGACAGCGUCGGUUGGGGUCUUUUCCCACGUCUGAUCCACAGAUUUAAAUCUUCAUAGUUAUACUAUUACAAAUCAUUAAAAAAAAACUUGUGAUAUUUUGUGAAUUUAUUAACAUGGUGGACAGAUAAGGAAACCUGCUUCUAUUAAUGCAUUACAGAGAACAUGGUAGUCUGCUGGUACCAGUCAUCAAAACUGCUAUCUACUGCUAAUAAACCACUGGAUUUAAAGUGUUUUCUCACUUCAUUAGGGGUGCUUCAAUUACAUACUGACAUUCGUAUCCUACAGUCCGAGAAUUGUUGUUAAAUUCUGUACAGGAAAAAUAGACAUUCAUAAGUGUAUUUCAAUUGAUUGUUUUAAGAAAAAACUUGUCCAUACUUGUAAAAUGUCAGUAGGUGCUUUUCAUUUUCUCUGAAAAAUUGUGCAAAGAAUUUACUGAAAGUAGUCGAAGAAAGUAGUAAUGGUCGACAGUUGGAUGUUGAUGUAAGCUACAUAGACUUUGUCCAAGUGUAGUGCUGGAGCAUCAAUGAGAUAUACCAAGAAUUAUAUUAAUCAACUUAAGCAUUGAAAUUUCCCUUCCAUCCUCUUGAUAGUGUUAAUGGCCAGGAUGACAAUCAUCAGUAGACCACGAAUAAGGAUUGAUGACGAUACUGAGGUUAAUUAUAAUAGUCUACAUAUCACUGUCAGUAUCAGGACAAGUGCUGAUAUUUAUUUCUGAAGUGCUGUUAGAUGCUAACAAUUUAAGAGUUCCAAAGAAAACUCUUAUCAGUGCUACAAGCAAUAUCGAUCGUCGAAUUUGGCUUAAAAAAUCCGUGCUAUUCUUGAUAAGAAACUUGCAUGUCUAAGACAUGAUAGUCAUUACAUGUAUAGCUAAUGACAGAGCAAUGUCAAGUUUAAAUGUGUUCCUAACUAUACUUCAUUGUUAAGUUUCCAGUCUAUAAAAUGUUUUAAUUUAUAGAAAAUCAGUGUCCCUACAGGUAAUUAUCUGUAGAAAGUUUAACGGCAAGCAUUUAUUGAAUUCUGGGUAUUUUAAAUAUCUUUUUCAUUUACACUAUAAGUGCAUUUCUACCAUUCUUUUUUUGUGUGUACAAACUUGCAUGAUGGAUGGAAAUAAACAACUUUUUGUUUUCAAAA